CCCGGAAGUCCCAGCAGGUCGCGUCGUUUGCGUUUUUAUUUUUUCUUUAAAUUUUUCCCUCUGAGCGAAUUUCUAUUUCUGCUCGUUUUUCUCAUUCUCCUGAAACAAAGUCAGCGCAGGCAGAUGACGGGAAUGGAGGAGUAUCAGAACGGCAGCGAGGGCUCAUUCAGCUCAGACGAGACGGAUGCCAUUGUGAAGGAGUGUAUCGAGAGCGUAGUCGGUGGUGACGACUACAGCCAGAAUCACGUGAACAAAUGGACGGCCGGCAUCGUGGAGCGCUGCCUCACACAGCUGGUCAAACAGGGGAAACCCUACAAGUACAUUGUGACGUGUGCUGUGAUGCAGAAAACAGGCGCUGGCCUCCACACAGCGAACUCCUGCUACUGGGACACUGCUAUGGAUGGGAGCUGCACUGUGAGAUGGGAGAGCCGCACCAUGUACUGUGUGGUCAGCGUGUUUGCUGUGGCCAUCGCAUAGGUCAAGUCCACGAAUUCAGCCGCCGCCACCGAGGAUUGCAGUGUACCUCUGUGAACAGCAGAGGGCAGCAAAGUGCCACACAAUCAUCACCCAUACAGCCCUGAGCUCCUCUCAGCAUCAUCGUGGAGACUGGCAGAGCUACAGUGGGUUUCCAGCCUUCGUUUGCAUGCAGCGACACCGUCUUCAUGUAUUUAUCUUCUCAUACCACUGCAGUGCUUUAGUAUUUUCACUCUCAGCUGAUGCCUGACGACAUGCCGCAGCCUGAAGCCACACACUCGGCCACACGCAUCAGCUCCACAAAAGACUUUUUGUACUGGAAGCUGCAGGAUAUUAAACCAAAAGAGAUUCAUGAACAAGGUGAAACUU